AUGUCUAACCCACCCCACGGAGGCGUCCUUAAGGACCUUAUUGCUCGCGAUGCUCCCAUCAGAGACCAACUCUAUACCGAGUCAGAAACUCUUAAAGAUAUUAUCCUCACUGAACGCCAACUUUGUGAUCUCGAACUUAUCAUCUCCGGUGGCUUUUCCCCCCUCGAAGGCUUUUUGACUGAAAAGGAUUACGAUGGUGUUGUUGAAAACCUGCGUCUUGCUGACGGAACCCUUUUCCCUAUCCCCAUCACCCUCGAUGUCUCUAAAGAAGAAAUUGAAACUUCUCAAAUUAAACCAGGAGCCAGAAUUACCCUCCGUGAUUUCCGUGAUGAUGUCCCCCUCGCUAUCCUUACCGUUGAAGACGUUUACAAACCAGAUAAGCAAAAGGAGGCCAAGCACGUUUUCCGUGGUGACCCAGAACACCCUGCCAUCCGUUACCUCUUUAACACCGCUAAGGAAUACUACGUCGGUGGUAAGCUCCAGGCUAUUAAUAGACUUAACCACUACGACUAUGUCGGUCUCCGUAACACUCCCGCCGAACUGCGCUCCCAAUUUACAAAGCUCGGUUGGUCUAAAGUUGUUGCUUUCCAAACUAGAAACCCAAUGCACCGCGCUCACCGUGAACUCACAGUCCGUGCUGCCCGUUCUCGCCAAGCCAAUGUUCUCAUCCACCCAGUCGUUGGUCUUACUAAGCCAGGUGACAUUGACCACUUUACCCGUGUCCGUGUCUACCAGGCCAUUCUCCCCCGUUACCCCAAUGGUCUUGCCUACCUCUCUCUGCUCCCUCUUGCCAUGCGUAUGGCCGGUGACAGAGAAGCUGUCUGGCACGCAAUUAUCCGUAAGAACCACGGUGUGACCCACUUCAUUGUUGGUAGAGAUCACGCUGGUCCUGGUAAGAACUCUAAGGGUGUUGACUUUUACGGUCCUUAUGACGCUCAGACCCUCGUCGAGAAGUACCGUGAUGAACUCGGCAUUGAGGUCGUCCCCUUCCAGCAAAUGACUUACCUUCCUGAUAAGGAUGAAUAUGCUCCAAAGGACACUGUUCCUGAAGGUGUCAAGACCCUUGACAUUUCUGGUACCGAGCUCCGCAAGCGCUUGAAGCUUGGUCUCCCCAUCCCUGAAUGGUUCUCCUACCCUGAAGUCGUCAAGGUUCUUCGUGAAUCUCACCCUCCCCGUACCCAACAGGGUUUUACCAUUUUCCUUACCGGUUACCACAACUCUGGCAAGGACUCUGUUGGCCGUGCUCUUCAGGUCACUCUCAACCAACAAGCUGGCCGUUCGGUUUCGCUGCUGCUCGGUGAGACUGUUCGUGCUGAGCUUUCCAGUGAGCUUGGAUUCACUCGUGAAGACCGUCACAAGAAUAUUCAACGCAUUGCCUUUGUUGCCUCUGAACUUACCCGCUCUGGUGCCGCUGUCAUUGCUGCCCCCAUUGCUCCCUACGAGUCUUCCCGCCAGGUUGCCCGCGAAACUGUCGAAAAGGCUGGCGGCAACUUCUUCUUGGUUCACGUUGCCACUCCCCUCGAGCAUGCUGAGAAGACUGACCGUAAGGGUGUUUACAAGCGUGCCCGCAAUGGCGAAAUCAAGGGUUUCACUGGUGUUGAUGAUCCUUAUGAGGUCCCCACCAAGCCCGAUCUUACUGUCGAUUUGACCCAAAUCAGCGUCCGAACCGCUGUUCACCAAAUUAUCCUCCACCUUGAGGCCGAGGGUUUCUUUGGUAAUUAG